UCAUUUUUUCUCUUCCAUUCCUUCAUCCCCAACCCAACCCUCCCCUCCUUCCUCCUCUUCUUCUUCCACCUCAAAACCCUUACCUACAUCUCCUCCUUCAGCGUCGCUCCCAACUUCAUUUUCCAUUUUUGCCCCUCCUUCUCGUGAGAAAAAAAUGGCGAACGCAGCAUCAGGUAUGGCUGUCCACGAUGACUGCAAGUUAAAGUUUUUGGAGCUCAAGGCGAAGAGGACAUAUCGGUAUAUCGUUUAUAAGAUUGAGGAGAAGCAGAAGCAAGUUGUUGUGGAGAAGCUGGGUGAGCCAGCAAAUGGUUAUGAAGAUUUCACUGCCAGUCUUCCAGCUGAUGAGUGUCGAUAUGCUGUUUAUGAUUUUGAUUUUGUCACGGAAGAGAAUUGCCAGAAGAGCAGAAUUUUCUUCAUUGCAUGGUCCCCUGAUACAUCUAGGGUUAGGAGCAAGAUGAUUUAUGCAAGCUCCAAAGAUAGAUUCAAGAGGGAGCUUGAUGGAAUUCAGGUUGAGCUGCAGGCAACUGAUCCUACUGAGAUGGGUCUUGAUGUGUUCAAAAGCCGUGUCAAUUAAAAGAUUCUGUUUAUGCAUUAUGAGUUGUGAUGGGGAUCUUCCUUAAGCUGAAGUUCCUCAUAUGGAAAUGUCUAUAUUUUGUGGGAUGGUCAACUUGGCUAAUUUGGACUCAAUUUUCCAAGUUUUGACAAUGAAGUCUAUUGCAACUUCAACCAGCUUCUCUUCGUUCCAGUGUAUCUUCUGGUUUGUGACAUACAACCCGUGUUUUGGUGUCAUCUUAAUCCUAUGGCUGCUAGUUAAUUUUUGUGA